AUGUCUUACGCUCUGUCCGAGGCCCACAAGGCUCAAAUGCACAACUCCCUCGUGUCCAGCGACCCCGAGAUCGCUGCGAUCAUGGAGAAGGAAAUCCAACGUCAGCGUGAGUCGGUCGUCCUGAUCGCCUCGGAGAACUUCACCUCCCGUGCUGUCUUUGAUGCCCUUGGCUCGCCCAUGUGCAACAAGUACUCCGAGGGUUACCCCGGUGCUCGUUACUACGGUGGCAACCAGCACAUUGACGCUAUUGAGAUCACCUGCCAGCAGCGUGCCCUCAAGGCUUUCAACCUUGACUCCGCCAAGUGGGGCGUCAACGUCCAGUGCCUUUCCGGUAGCCCUGCCAACCUCCAGGUCUACCAGGCUCUCAUGCGUCCCCACGAACGCCUGAUGGGCUUGGACCUCCCCCACGGUGGUCACUUGUCCCACGGUUACCAAACCGCCACCAAGAAGAUCUCCGCUGUCUCUACCUAUUUCGAGACCUUCCCCUACCGUGUCAACCUCGAGACCGGUAUCAUCGACUAUGACGAGCUCGAGCGCAACGCCGAGAUGUACCGCCCCAAGUGCUUGGUUGCCGGUACCUCCGCCUACUGCCGUCUCAUUGACUACAAGCGCAUGCGCGCGAUUGCCGACAAGGUGGGUGCCUACCUCAUUGUCGACAUGGCUCACAUCUCUGGUCUGAUCGCCGCCGGUGUCAUCCCCUCUCCCUUCGAGUACGCCGAUGUCGUGACCACCACCACCCACAAGUCUCUCCGUGGCCCCCGUGGUGCCAUGAUCUUCUUCCGCAAGGGUGUCCGCAGCACCGACAAGACCGGCAAGGACAUCAUGUACGACCUUGAGAACCCCAUCAACUUCUCCGUCUUCCCCGGUCACCAGGGUGGUCCCCACAACCACACCAUCACCGCUCUGGCUGUUGCCCUCAAGCAGGUCGACACCCCUGAGUUCAAGCAGUACCAGGAGCAGGUCAUCAAGAACGCCAAGGCCCUCGAGGAGGAGUUCCAGGUUCUGGGCCACAAGCUCGUCUCCGGCGGCACUGACAGCCACAUGGUCCUUGUUGACCUCCGCCCCGAGAGCAUCGAUGGUGCCCGUAUCGAGGCCGUCCUUGAGCAGAUCAACAUUGCUUGCAACAAGAACUCCGUCCCCGGUGAUAAGUCUGCCCUCACCCCCGGUGGUAUCCGUAUUGGUGCCCCUGCCAUGUCUUCCCGUGGUAUGGGCGAGGAGGACUUCAAGCGUAUUGCUCGCUACAUUGACCAGGCCAUUGCUCUGUCCAAGAAGAUCCAGAGCGAGCUCCCCAAGGAGGCCAACAAGCAGAAGGACUUCAAGGCCAAGGUUGCCAACCCCGACAGCAUCCCUGAGAUCCUGGCUCUCCGCAAGGAGGUUGCUGACUGGGCCAGCACCUACCCUCUUCCCGUCUAA